UCACAAAGUCCCUGCUGAUGAUUCCCUGCUGGCACCCGGCGAUCGCCGAGGAACAGUGACAGGGGAGAGACCUUAACAUGCUGCUGUGUACUUCUCUGCACAGCAGAUAAAAACACAGUAGCAUGUUUCCCUAGUAAAACACACACAGCUCACUUAGUAAAACAGCACACUGUUAACCCUUUGAUCGCCCCAGAUGUUAACCCUUUCCUGCCCAGUGUCAUUAGUACAGUGUCAGUGCUUUUUAUUACCACUGAUCACUGUAUUGGUGUCAUUAGGAGGUCAGCGGCAGUUAGUCAGUUCCCCCCCAGUGUCAAAAUGCCCUAUGCAAUCC